UCAAAGGACACGGUACACCUUUCCGGAUGAAUUUCUUAACUUGGUGAUUCCGUUCCGAAAACAGGGCGGGAAUUGUUUUGAGUAUUUUUUUUAAACUCAACAUCCGGAUGGAUUUCGAUUAAAAAAUAAAAAAGAAAACAAAAAACUGCAAUGGGAUUUGAAUUGAAAUGUGACCGUUUGUCAUUCGUGGUUGGCCGCCAUCUUAAUUUCAUUUUUUACCGUUAAGUGUUUUGCACGAAGCAAUUAUAAAACUCAUUCAGUUUUGCCUGUCAAUCAAGUUAAAUGCACUUUGUCCUUCACCAGGCUUUCAGACGGUUGUUUUGAAUCCUGUUUAUUUUUAAGUCUCGCUCUUUUUGUGUGUUUUUGUUCUCCUGCCCUCAGUACCUCCUCAGUGUAAAGGAUAGUGUUUCGCGUUUCGCGAAGAACAAAGCAACACGGAGUAAGAAAUUACGUGUCAAGUGAAUUGAAAGGAGCUGUCAUUCUGAGAGUGAUAAUCUGUCAAAGUGAAAAUGCAUUUUUCUAUACCUGCGAUGCUGUAGAAAUAAUUUAAAAUUUAAUGAAUACCUUUCUGUUUCAAAGAACCAAGAGUUCUGGCUUAAAGUGAUUGUGAGUGUUUUUGAAAAUACAAAAAGAAAGAAGAAAACAGAAAUCACAAAGUUUUAAAUAAACUUCAAGAAUAAGUGUGAAUGGAGGUGGAAAAGAGUACCAUCAGGAUCGUCUUUAGCUUCAUUAAUCUUUUUCAGGAAUCCUUUGGGGUGUCCUGAAACAUCAAAACAACUAACAACGAUAUCCAGCACAGGUGCUGAUGCAGAUGCUGUUGGUGGUGAUUGUAUACAACAAGACAGCUUCUUGUUCUUCCUAAAUCAAAGCCAAGCCAACCCAAAAUACACCACACCAGAGAUGAAUCCAUAAUUUCUUGGCAAAAAACUUCAAAGCAUUAAACAAAACACUUCUAUAUUGUCCCCAUCAUCACAGAGCACAAAGCAAAACCAUGGAAACAUAGAAUGCAGAAUCCGUCUCCAUCUCCAUUUCCAGCUACGUCGAAACAUUUGGUCCAGAUUGCACUUGCCAGGAUGAAUGCAACAAAUGCCAUCAAGAAUAGUUUCAGUUAUGAAUACAACAACACAAUGUCCCCAUCGCUUCUCGCAACGACGACGUCGAUAACAGCAGCGGCGGCAAGAACCAUGACAACAGGCACCCAAUACUCGUCGUCUUCCUUCUUGCCUCUCUUCUCAUCCACAACAACGCCUUCAUCCUCGUCUCAAUCCCUUUGGUCGACAACAAUCGCUGGUGGACAGAACGAUACACUUAUGGCAGCACGGUCAGCAGACUCUCCGGAUGUCAUCAAAUACGAGCUGGUGCAGAUUUUCUUCUGCAUCCUGUACUCGACGGUGUUCGUCCUGGGAGUGUUUGGCAAUGUACUGGUGUGCUAUGUGGUCCUUCGUAAUCGGGCAAUGCAAACUGUGACAAAUAUUUUCAUAACCAACCUAGCCCUUUCCGAUAUACUCCUGUGCGUGCUAGCCGUUCCCUUCACACCCCUUUACACGUUUAUGGGUCGUUGGGCGUUCGGUAAGACUCUUUGUCACCUCGUGUCCUUUGCGCAGGGAUGCAGCAUAUACAUAUCGACAUUGACGCUCACCUCAAUUGCUAUCGAUAGGUAUUUCGUGAUCAUCUAUCCUUUCCAUCCGAGGAUGAAGCUGUCCACCUGCAUCGCGAUUAUUGUCAGCAUCUGGGUGAUAUCCUUGCUGGCCACCCUACCAUAUGGCAUGUACAUGAAAGUGGUGGCCGAAGACACCAGUCCAGCGCCGACAACGCUCCGACCUGCCACCGGGCUCGAAAACUCAACAGUUCCGCACAGUUCGAGCCGAUAUCCGAUAUCAGCCUGGACCUUCGCCUUCGAGAACACAACUUCGUCAUCGUCAAUGGUGCCAACGUAUUGCGAAGAGAACUGGCCGUCAGAGCAAUACCGCAAGGUGUUCGGUUCGGUCACGACUAUCCUGCAGUUUGUUCUUCCCUUCUUCAUCAUAUCAAUCUGCUAUAUCUGGGUGUCAGUGAAACUGAACGCUCGUGCCCGGGCGAAGCCCGGCAGUAAAAGCUCUCGGCGGGAAGAGGCCGAUAGGGAUCGAAAAAAGCGGACAAACCGCAUGUUAAUCUCCAUGGUGGCCGUGUUUGGUCUAUCAUGGUUGCCAAUCAAUGUCGUGAACAUACUGGACGACUUCUACGAGAAGUCCAACGAAUGGCGCUUCUACACGCUGUUCUUUUUCGUCGCGCACUCCAUUGCCAUGUCCUCCACCUGCUAUAACCCAUUUUUAUACGCCUGGUUGAACGAGAACUUCCGCAAGGAGUUCAAGCACGUAUUGCCGUGCUUCAAUCCUUCCAACAACAACAUCAUCAAUAUAACGCGUACUUACAAUCGCUCCGACCGCAACACCUGCGGUCCCAGGCUGCAUCACAACGAGGCCGAUCUGGACAACGGGGAUAACAACCUAAUGCUGACGGAAGAUAAAUGCUCGAAAAAGAAGGACAUUAUCAUACCACGUGAAGCGACCUACGGCAAUGGGGCGGCUUCCAUAACAGGCAAACGUGAUAAGAAAGGUGUCGAUAUCCUGCUGAACGAUGAUCCAUUGAAGGAGGAUAAUGAUGUGGAUUCGGGCGAUGAGCAGACGGUCGAGAUGAGGUUUUGCGAGACACCCUUCAUGAGUUCGGACAAUACAACGGGAUGUAGCAACUUCGAGACAAGUACCACCGACAACGAAAGGACAAAUGUAUCUCUGAUAUCCAACUAAGAUAAAGCAGAAAAAAUUCAUGCAUCAGCAGAAGUCAGGAAAAAUUCCUACAACAAUGAACUAUACCCUAACUCAUCACCUCACCAAUGAAUUUCACGAACGGAAUCAAUAUACUUUUAUCUUUAUGUUGUUGCUCUGGCUUGCUACAUGCUCCUCUAUAGAAUCUACAAAUAAGCACGGUUAUAUCCUCAAUUAUAUGGAGGCUGAUUAACAAAACGUCAAACCUUCGCACCAUCCACCGAUCCGACCAUAUGAGUAUCCCUUAUUCCAAUUUUUGUUAUCCUUAUUGCAACACAAGCGUUUGAUGACUUGUCAGCAGAAUCGACUUGGAAUGGUAUUCCUGGGAGGAUAAUAAUGAACCAUCAGACACCAGAUCAAAAAGGAUGUGUACGUGAAUCCGCUAUCCGCAUGGAUGGAGUUCCACAGUGGUUAUAUUCAAUUUAUUUUUCUAUAGUAGGUGACUCAAGCUUCUAUAUAAAGAACUGUAUGGGAUAGGUACAUAUACACAACUGUUGUUUGGGCAAAAUAGAAGGAUACAAAAUUGUAAACAAGUCAAAGUCUAGAAUGGUCCUGUUUUUUUUCGUUUUCAUAACAAUGGCAAUUCAUACAAUGUUAUGUUCAUGGCUUCAGAACUGGGAGUUUAUAAAAAGAGAAAUAUACAGAGGUACAUGUAUCGAAAUCCAAAAUAUAAUUUAGAACUCUGAAACCCUUGAGUAGCGUGGUGAAUCCCUCUCACAGAUACUGCCAAUCAGGGAUAAAUGUAGCUAUGGCUAUGAGUUUCAUUCGAAAGAAAACCUAUAGUCACGUAGAUAUCCUGGCAAAUAGUUAUAUUCUGAAACUGAUACUCAUUGACAUGGGAAUUCUUUUUAUACUUAAGUAUUUUUUUCCUCCAUUCUGUUCCAUUUUUUACGAAUCUCCAGUGCACUCUUCAAAGACAAAGGCUCUUAAGAAUACAACAAACCCAAGCCUCGAAUCACACAAAAAAAGAAGAAAAAUAGAAAAAACAAAGAAAAAUUAAGUAAGCCCAACAAUCCCAACCCCUAAGGAUACAGCCCCGAGCCACCCCUUUUUCAAUUUGAAUUAAAAAUGAGAUGCAAAUGUGUUCCGAAUGAACAGGAUCUCAUCCACAGGGAUGGAGGCAGCGUGGUGUGGGGGUAAAAGCUUGAAGAACAAUUGAAUAAUAAUAUAACCCAGAUAUAAGAAUCUCAACUAUAUUUAAACAAACACUUCUGGUACUCGCUCUGCACUGCGUUCUGCUGGCUUCAGCUCCUGGCUUGAAGGUUUUACCUGGCAACAUAAAACAGGAAUGGAUAAGGGUCAGGACUUUAUUGCUCUAUUAAUAUUGAUAUCUGCAUAUAGGUUUGUAUAUAUUAAAAGGUAACAGACGUGGUAGAGAGGUUCUAUAUGGGUUUCCAAUUAGGAUCCAGGUAAUAAGCUUUUAAGUUAAAAAAAAGUGGAAGGAUAACCAUUUGAAAAAAUUCUGAUUUAAUUUUGAUUGGAUUGUUUGCGAUGCAAUGUAUUCGGCGAAAAAAAGGUAAUGAGCUGUGAUAUCUCGGAGAGUCAAUUGACCCAACUUAAUCCCUUUUCCAUAAAUUCUAGGUUUUAAAAAGCUUUUUUUAAAAAAUAUUAAAUUUCAUAAAACUAAUUCAGACAUUUGUUUUACAUUGCUGAUUUUCAUAAUCUUGAAUUGUCUUAAGAGAGUACAAAGUUUUUACCUUAACUAAACAAAUGAAAAUAUAUAAAAUGUAUUGACAUUAUUCGCCCUUGAAAAAUUGUUCGUACCAAAAUUGUUGGAAUUUCAUAUAGAUCCAAUUCUUAAAAUAGUUUAGCAAUAACAGAAUUGCUCUUGGCAUGUUCAAUAAUGCAAUCUUUUAGUUUUUCACGUGCCAUUUCCGCUACAAAGUUUUUUUUUAUUCCAGGUUGAUAAUAAUAAUUUUCUUACUUCCGCAAACCUUAAACUUCCAACAAAGUCUUCACAAAAAUACUUUAAUAACUGAUAAAUAGAACUUACUAUAAAAACUUAUUUCAAUUGAACAAUUUAAACUUUUAUUUAAACUGAGGUUCCACACAUUUUACCUGAAGCACUUUAAUAAAAUUCAAUGUUCCAAUAAGAUAAUCCAAAUGUAACAAAAUAUUUCUAUAUAAUUAUAUUUUUGCUACCUACUGGUAUAUCAAUUCAUUUUCAAACAAAAAAGUUAAUUCCAAAACUUUGCAGUUGAGUGCAACAACUAAGCUCACUACCUAUAGGUUUCCAAUUCCUACAAAUUACCGUUAUAUCACAAUUUCUAUAGCAUUGAAAUAAUUCUACGAAAACCAUACACAAGAAAGUUGAGUUUUUGUUUUGUAUAAAGGGUGUUUUCAUUUAAUAGAGGUUGGAUUUUUUCAAUUGUCAAAGGACUUUUUUUAGUGACAGUUAAUUUGACAGCAAAUAUCAGAUGAUUUUUGAUAAGUUUUUUUGCCUUUUCAUAAAAGUCAGCAGUUUGAAACGCCAAAAAUUAAGCUCUUCAUUAACCAAACAAAUGUUCAUUAAUAAUAAUUGGUAUAUUUGAUUUAAUUUUUAAAUUUCAAUACUUACAUGCCUCAAAGAAACAUCCUGUGAAUUGUGGAAAUUCAAAUGAUUUAUGACUUUAAACUUUUCAGGGAUGCGUUUUGGCAUUUAUGACGGAUGUAAUAUUUUGGAAACAUUCUACGUGAAAAUAAACAAUUUUACCACCAUGUUUUCAUGGUUCAUGAUAUAUUGUUGUGGGAACUAUGGGAAAUCCUCAAAAUCCUUCUGUUGAAGUACAAAGGAUGCAAUCCUGAUGCGAACAGAAAAACUAUGCUACAUACAAACUUUGAAAAAAGUUCCACAGCAACAUGAAAACUCGUGGAUAUGAGGAUUUAUUUACAUUCAACUGAAUUUUUUCAAGGGUUUUUAUCAUAUUUUUAGGUUUUUAUUUUUAGAAUGGAAAAGAAAACAUACAUAGAAUAAUUCUUUUUGAAACUAGGAUUAAGCUAAUUUAGAAGUUUUUUUUUUACUUUACGUUGCAAAAAAGUAUCGACUUAAAACCACUCACGCGUUCUUUUAAUUUUUCAUGUUUUCAAUUGCUCUUUUCAAGAUGGUUUGCAACAUUCUAUUUUUGUACUUUGUAUUAAAAUGUGAAUAUUAAAUAAAGUUCUAGGCGGAAGUACUGAAGAACGGAAGAGAAAUGAAGAUUAUACCACCCAUGUUUCGAGAAUUUGUACUCCCUUCUUCAGGUUGUAUCUUUAUUAAUAUUGUGAAUAUUAAAAAUUUGCAUCUAUUAAAAUAUAUUAAGCUGAUAGCUUA